AUGCCGACCGGGUCCUGCUUCUGCGAGAAGGUGAAGAUCGAGUACAGUGGCGAGCCGGCCAUGACUGCUCUCUGCCACUGCGCAGACUGCCGCAAGAUCUCUGGUGGACUCUACUCACACAACAUCGUCGUGCCCGUGUCAGCAUUCAACAUCACCUCCGGCAAAUCCACCCUGAAGGAGAUUAGCAAGACUGCUGACUCAGGCAAGUCAAUCACCUCAGCCUUCUGCACCGACUGCGGCACCACCGUGUUCCGCUACGGCGACUCCUUCGGCGGGCCUGACGGAAUGCGCAUCAUCAAGGCGGGCGUGCUGGACGAUGUGGAUGUAUUGAACAACACGAAGCCUGGGGCCGAGUUGUAUGCGAGUGAGAGGAUCAGCUGGGUGCAGAAGGUUGGCGGCAGUGAGGACAAGAAGGGUAUGGAGUAA